UUAAUUCAUUCUUUGGUUGAGGGUCUGCCACUUAGUCUUGCCCUCUAUUUACAUAGCGAAAAAAUGCGUCUUCAUCUUUGGCUUAAUCGACCAUAAUAGAGCACGAGAAAUCGGAUCAAAGGAACCCAAUCAAAUAAAAGAUCCUCCUAUCUGAUUGAAGAUCUCUCCUAGCUUUGACUGCACUACUCAGUAGAGUUUGUCAGAAAGAAACUACAGGUUGAUCAAAGUUUGAAACAUGUUCAUCCUUAAUGCUGUGUUUAAACCAUGACAAUGAGAUUCUGAUUGGUCGCUAAAUUUAUUAGACCCAAUAGGGCGUGACUUACUGAAGAGUGUACUUGUUUAGCUUUCAAACUGGCUUGGUAGAAAUUAUAUUGCAUCAUAUUUUCGACACAAAGAUUAUGUCCAGUCAUAUAGAUAUGUACUUAAUGACGUGCCUACAAUUAUUAAGGUGCUUGCGUGUGCCUAUGCACUUAAUUGAUUUUGGUUUCAAUAUUCGUAACAACUUCGAUUCAAUGCAGUACAAUACAAGAAAUAGCUCAGUUUUGCUUGCUUAUGAAGCCCAAUCAUGCCCUAAAGUAGUUGUUUCCCUUGCUGGAGAAAUGAUCGUGAAAGUUGCUUGUGGAACAAAUCAUACAGUUGUUGGGGAUUCAAAUGGCUUUGUUUACACGUGGGGAUGUGGUGAUUAUGGAAGGCUUGGACAUAAGGAACAGAAGGAUGAGUGGGUUCCUCAUCGUGUUGAAAUUUUCACAAAGCACAAUGUUCUACCUCAUGAUGCUUUGAUUGCAGUUGGUUCUAUUCAUUUUGCAUGUACUGCUGGUAUAGGAUAGUUGUAUAUGUGGGGCAAAGUAAACGAACAAAGGUGACGAAUGAAUGUACCCUAAACCUGUUAUGGAUUUAAGAUUUAUGAUGGUUAGCAACGGCUGCAAUUUAUGGAUACCAAAGGAAGAUACCUAGAUACUAUUGACAAGGUGCAUGCAAACUUGGAGGACUCGAUUAUGGUUCGACUUCGUUAUUGAGCUUUGGUAGAAUGAUGUAUUCUAUUCUUUUUGCGUAUUCUCCAUGGAUCAUGAGGCAUGCCGGUGGUAAAAGAAUUCACAAAUACUACAAAGGUAAAAUAUUCACUUUAUUAGCUUUUGCUUGGUUUAUCUCUUCUUAUUGAUAGAUAUUUUUUUGGCUAGCUAUUACAGCUCUUGUGCUGUUUGUUAUGUAUGAUAAUUAUUUUAUGUUUUCCGCUUAGUCUUGCGUGCUUACAAUAUGAUGAUUGGAGAGCGAAGGACGAUGUGGUAUUUUUGGGUGCACAAUAGAAGUUUUGUGGCCAAUUACAGUUUUAGGCCCUUUGUUUUAUGUGGUGCGCACUAGCUGCUCUGGUUCCAUAGAAAGUUCACUUUAUAUUGGUCCAGACCUUAGGUUAUUGGUUUUUGGUAUGUAACUUUAGUUUAUUCACAUUAUUAGCUUUUUGAAGAGUGAGAAUGCAUGCCAAAAGACAUGAUUAUGUAACUUUGUAAAAUAGGGAUGCAAGAUUUUUUGACUAUUUUCUUUGCCCCUCUUGGAUUUUGGGUUUGUCUCUUGCGUACACAUCAUUAUGAUUUGGGAGAAAGGACCUGGAUAACAUGAAAACUCUCUACGUUGAGGUUUGGUCGUGGGGGAGUCUCUUGCCCUUUUCCUUUUUGAUCUCUUUCUAAUCUGUUUAUGCAGAAGGUUAUUGAGUGCCAUUUUUCUGUUUAUUUCAUUCAUGUGGUCUGGUACUUGUUUUUUACGUGCACUCUAGUUUUGAGUGGAGUUCAAGUUGUUAAGUAAGUAGCUAUAAAAUGUAUAUCAGCAUGUUCUUUAGGUCUUGCCUUCUAGAAGUCUACGCGAGUUAUUUGAAAAUAUUUGCUUUUCUUCAAUAAGUUAAUAUUUUUAUCUCAAUAUUUCAAAUCUGACUGUGUUAUCGUUUACACCACUAGUCCCAAGCUCGAAGGGAGGAGGAGGGUUGUACUUUGUUAGCCUCCAAAGUUUUGUUUGUUGUUAGGGGUUUUGAAUCUUAUCCUAUGGUUUCGGCUUGUAUUUGUGGCCUUCGAGGAAAAAUUGGGGCAAUUGACCUCUGUACUACUUCCAUAUGUUGUAUUUAAUGGGCUGUAGGGUUGUUUCAAUAUGUUUCUUUUUUCGGCUCUUUGGAAGAUGAGAGAGGACUUUCAACAAGCUCAAUCUUCCUCCCUAUGGGAAGCCUUGGUCCUUUUGGUGCAUGUUCUUUGUUUAUUCUCCCCUGGUAUUGGUGGCAUUACAAGUAAUAGAUAAAUUUAUCCAAUUUAUUGUUGUUUUUUUUACCACAGUACUUAUUCUUCUUGAUGUCUAUGCCUCUAAAAUUCAAUGGUUAGAAGA